UCCCCAAAAAGAGAGGAGCUUCUCUUCAACUUUGAUGCAGCGGAUUUCCUCGUGUUCGACCGAUUCAUGUGUCACAGAAGGGCCGACUUCUGUCAAGUUGUGCCCCUUAAACUGUGUGUAAACGCACCCCACUCUGCUUUACGUAGUCUUAAGUCGGAAUUUGUUAAGAUAUUUAUUUUUAUAUUUAUUCGUUUUAGUGGCAAGUGUGGCGAAUAAAUGAGGGCUAACAUUUUUUAAGGCGUUAAAACUUCACGAGCGCGAGCGAGGCAACCGUCUGCUAGGCUCGUCCCGUUAUACGGACUACACCCACUAGCUUGAUAAUGUCAGCCUUUCGACGCGCAAACUUUGGGCUUCAUGAAGACCAUUUUUUUGGGGGGGGGGAUCUAGUGACUAACGUUAGUGUUCAUUUAAGAUACAUUUUUAAAAUUGGGAUUUGACGCCUCUGACUUAUUUUUUCCGUUGUGCAACGCUUGUGUAGCCAAUAUUUUAGGCGUUAAAUUUUGGUUAUAGUUCAACGUAACGGAAGCCAACAACUCUCGGCGGGUAAAGCUAAUUGCUCACAAGCUACAAGUGGGUUUCACUUUAUGAGGACCACAAACGCUACAGCUCCGACGUUCAGUCCUGUGGUAAAGGUCUUUCUGCCGUCCAGUGACGGGUUUUUCCUCUCAGCUGUUGAGUUUAAUGAGGAGAGGAAGCAAAGAUGCCUAAGCCGAUCAAUGUCCGUGUGACCACCAUGGAUGCAGAGUUGGAGUUUGCAAUCCAGCCAAAUACCACAGGAAAACAGCUGUUUGACCAGGUGGUAAAGACUGUGGGCCUGCGAGAGGUGUGGUUCUUUGGACUACAGUAUGUGGACAGUAAAGGCUACAUCACAUGGCUGAAACUCAAUAAAAAGGUGACCCAGCAAGAUGUAAAGAAAGAGAGUCCUCUGCAGUUUAAGUUCAGAGCCAAGUUCUUCCCUGAAGAUGUCUCAGAGGAACUAAUCCAGGAGAUCACCCAGAGACUCUUCUUCUUGCAGGUGAAAGAGGCCAUCCUGAAUGAUGAGAACUACUGUCCCCCAGAAACGGCUGUGUUGCUGGGUUCAUACGCUGUCCAGGCCAAGUAUGGCGACUAUAACAAAGAGGUGCACAAGGCUGGGUACCUUACUCAUGACAGACUGCUCCCUCAGAGAGUCCUGGAGCAGCACAAGCUGACUAAGGAGCAAUGGGAGGACAGGAUACAGACCUGGCACGAAGAACACAGAGGAAUGCUCAGAGAGGACUCAAUGAUGGAGUAUCUUAAAAUCGCCCAAGACUUGGAGAUGUAUGGAGUCAACUACUUUGAGAUUAAAAACAAGAAGGGCACACAGCUAUGGCUGGGCGUGGAUGCUCUUGGACUCAACAUCUACGAACACGAGGACAAAUUGACACCAAAGAUUGGAUUCCCCUGGAGUGAGAUUCGAAACAUCUCUUUCAAUGACAAGAAGUUUGUCAUCAAACCCAUCGACAAGAAAGCACCUGACUUUGUGUUUUAUGCCCCACGCCUGCGCAUCAACAAGCGCAUUUUGGCAUUGUGUAUGGGUAACCACGAGUUGUACAUGAGGAGAAGAAAGCCCGACACCAUCGAGGUGCAGCAGAUGAAAGCUCAAGCCCGGGAGGAGAAGCACCACAAACAGAUGGAGAGGGCCCAGCUGGAGAAUGAAAAGAAGAAGCGAGAGCAUGCAGAGAAAGAGAAGGAAAGGAUAGAGCGUGAGAAAGAAGAGCUCAUGGAGAGGCUGAAACAGAUUGAAGAGCAGACGAUGAAAGCUCAGAGAGAGCUCGAGGAACAGACUCGCCGCGCCAUGGAGCUCGAGCAAGAAAGAAAGAAAGCGAGGGAGGAGGCUGAGCGGCUGGAGCGAGACAGGCAAGCAGCCGAGGAGGCCAAGGCGGAGCUGGCCAGACAGGCUGCAGACCAGCAGAAGACUCAAGAGCAACUGGCUUCUGAACUGGCUGAAUUCACAGCAAAGAUCUCUCUCCUAGAAGACGCCAAGAGGAAGAAAGAGGAUGAGGCCACAGAGUGGCAGCACAAGGCUCUGUCAGCCCAGCAGGACCUGGAGAAAACCAAGGAGGAGCUGAAGACCGCCAUGACGGUGGUGCCAGCGCCUCUGGGUGGUCAUGCUGAGAACGAGCACGAUGAACACGAUGAGAACCACGCAGAGGCCAGCGCCGAGCUCUCCAAUGAGGGCGUCAGCCAUGUUGACCUCCGCAGCGAAGAGGCUCGCGUCACUGAAGCACAGAAGAAUGAGAGGGUUAAGCAGCAGCUGCAGACAUUGAGUUCAGAGUUGGCCGAAGCCAGAGACGACACCAAGAAGACCCAGAACGACGUGCUGCACGCCGAGAACGUGAAAGCAGGCCGAGACAAAUACAAAACUCUGCGGCAGAUCCGACAGGGCAACACGAAGCAGCGCAUCGACGAGUUCGAGUGUAUGUGAGAACAGCACCUCAGGGUUACCUCGCUCUCCUUAACGGCUGCUUGAUUUUUUUUUUUGAUUUUUUUUUUAAAUUUUGGAUUUUUUUUCUUCAUGGACAACUGACGCUUCCGUCCUCGUAAGCCUAUCGAGUCUCCCUCAACACCCCCCCAACACCCAGGCUGUCUCAAGAAAUCUUCUUAUCCAAUUUUGCCAAAGUCCUGCUCCACUUCCUUAUCUGAGUUUGGAUUUCUCCCUGAUGUGGAGCUGCAUACACGCCACUCUGAACAAGCAAAUUAUUGUGUUGGAGAGAUCAUCUGUACCUCUUACUCGAAUGGGGGAAGUGAAACUGUAAAAACCAAAAAUGGAAGCAGUUGGAAUUUAUUUUUAUUUUUUAUUUUGGGUAAACAUGGCCAUAGAGCGAUUUUGUUGUUGUUGUUUUUUUCUUCUUUCGCUUGAAAACUUUGUAUGCAAAGCUUUAGUAUGAUUCUAUGUUUCCAGUUAAAAGAUUUUCUGUCCUCUUCUUGUUUUUACGUUUCUUCCUUCUGCUUUUGUUUGACUCGUUUUAUUGAUGAUGCCCAUCCUUUUAGUUGUCUGUUGAGGCCGGGUUUAACCCCAGGUUUCCAAAUAAGGACUGGAGUUUAGGGACAAAUUAGGUCAUUGUUUUCAUUCAGUGUCAAAGCACUUCUAUAUUAGCAUGUCAAAGCAUAUCACCUGGUAGAUGUUCUAAAAUUCUCACCAUCUCUAAGUCGUUAGAGAGAAUUUAACCCUACUUACUAAAGUCAAACUAUAGUUUAAACAUGACA